AUGGGCUACUUAUCCCGUAUGACACAGUGGAAGAGCAAGCUGUCGCUGUCUUCUGACGCCACUAUUCUCGACGAAGGUGCCAAAGCUUCAUUGAAGCUCGGCUUGUUUUCGUACCCGGUCCUACAGGCUGCAGAUAUCCUCGUUCAUCGUGCUACACAUGUCCCGGUGGGUGACGACCAGAAGCAACACCUCGAAUUUGCUCGCGAAUGUGUAACCAACUUCAACUACAACUUCGGCGCGCAUCUCGUUUCCCCAGAAACCAUCACAUCUACGGCACGGCGGGUCAUGUCACUUCAGCAACCCAAUCAGAAAAUGUCAAAAUCCGCCGCUGACCCAAGGUCACGCAUCCUCAUUACCGACACGCCUGAAGAAAUUCACAAAAAGAUCAUGAGUGCGCGGACAGACUCCUCCAACCAUGUUUCUUAUGAUCCGAACAACCGGCCAGGGGUAUCAAAUUUGGUGGAAAUCUUAUCUAUUUUCGAUGCACAGGGAAGAAGCCCGUUCCACCUUGCUGAAACCUUCUCCCAGACGUCUCUCAAAAACUUCAAGCAGACGGUCUCCGCAGCUGUUGUUCAAGGGCUUGAAGGAUUUCGUGAGCGCUAUUUCCACUUUUUGUCGGCCGACGAGGGAAAAUAUCUUGACGCUGUCGAGGCACAAGGGGCGAAUAAGGCCCGCCUCAGCGCCGAGGAGACCAUGGCCAUUGUACGAGAGGCCACUGGACUGUGA